CAUAGAUAGUUUGAAACUAAAUCUUAAACCUCACAAUCCUAUAUAAAGGGUUCAAUGCUCUUCUUUUAGAAACAAUAUGUCACUAAUCAAAAAGAAAUGGAGAGUUGUUGAUUCAAGUCAUCUAUAUACUAAAAACUCAGCUAAGAGGGGACCAUCACAACUUGAGAGCAAACGAAAAAAUCAGGGUUAUUUCCAACAUACGAAUAGACUCGAUCAAAGUAAUAAGGCACAAAAUUAGACACUCCUUAUCUAUUAGUUCCGACUAUCAGUGAUUCCUCGUUUUAAGAUAGAAAUAGGUUGUGACAGUUGCAAAAACCAUAAACCUAAAGAUCCAAUAGCCACCACUCUCCGUUGUACAACCAAAUUUCUAUCUCAAGAGGCAUAUAUUCAACCAAAAAUUCAAUUUCUAAUCCUCCUUCUACAACUUCAGUUAUUGAUGAACUCCAUUCUAUUCGCCAUGAAUUGAUAUCAGAGGUGAAAUCUUCUACUCGCCCAGCUUAAAAUCCCCAACAAUAAAACCGUAGUGCCAAGAGAUACCUGAAGAUUGAUUUUCAAUGACAGUCUUGUACUGGGAAGUGAAAAGGCGCAAACUAUUGCACGAUGGAUGAAAUUUCGGAGGAAGUUAGAAAGAGAAAAGAACAAAGAUAAAAAAAACAAAAAAUUUAAAUUUAAAUUGAAAAAUGCAAGGAUACAACACGUAGUUACAUAAUUAGUUUCUUCCAUGUUAGCCAAUUACCCAUUUACCUUUAGCAAAAAUUAAGGAGAGCUUGCUAAUUAUGAUGAAAAAGUCAUCUGAUUUUCAGAGAUUAACUUUGUCUAUUUUUUGUAUAAAAAAGGAUUCAAUAAAUUUGGUUAGUGUAACUGGUUGUGAUUGUUAUUUUUGUUUGAAGAGACCCGGGUUCAAAUCUUGAUAUUGCUAUUUUUAUAUGAAAUAAAUGAUAAAUGUGUAAAGACAAAAAUGACCUUCCUACUUUCACUCUCGUUUUAUAUGAAAUAAAUGAUAAAUGUGUAAAGACAAAAAUGACCUUCCUACUUUCACUCUCGUUGCAGGAAAUUUGAAAUGGAGAAAAGUACACAAAACUCUACCAUAUAUUAAUGGAGGAUAUAUAUAUAUAUAUAUAUGGUGGCUUCUAUCGUACCUUGGGGAAAAUUCAGGGUACGAUAUACCCUGAGUAAGAAUACACUAUCUAGAACUCGAAUUAAUCGGAUUUUUGGGCAUGGUACUAUACCCUAACCGUUGAUGAGUAAACCCUAGGUCUUAGUUUUCUAAAUCAUAGAGCCUAGCCCCUAAGAUUGUGCUUGUAAUUUGUUGCAUAUGUUUCGACGAAUCAUAGCCAUCGAUUUUUGUUUCAGAUUAAAUUGAUCUUAGUAUGUGAGAUUUAUAGAAUUAAUACCUAGAUUUUAAUCUUUAAAGGUUUAGGAAUAGUACCAGAUGCCAAACUCCGGUCAAUUCGAAGUCUAGAUAGCAUCUUUUAUUCAGGGUACCCAAGGUACGAUAGAACCGUCUAUAUAUAUAUAUAUAUGGUGGCUUCUAUGGUACCCCUGGUGAAAUCCGGGGUACCGCAUACUUCGAGUAUGGAAACUCUAUCUACACCUCGAAUUACCAGGAUUUUUUGUGUAUGAUAUUAUACCCUAACCCUUAAUGAGUGAACCCUAGGUCAUGAUUAUCUAAAUCAUAAUCUAUAAACCCUAAGAUGGUGCAUUCCUUUUUGUGCCUAUAUUUGGAUGAAUCAUAACCGUCGAUUUUUAUUUCUAAUUAAAUUGAUCUUGGAGUAUAAUUUGGGAGAGUUAACACCUAGAUUUUGAUCUUUAAGUGUUAGAGUAUAGUAUCAUGUCCGAAAGAUCGGUCAAUUCAAGGUCUAGAUAGUGUCUUCAUACUCAAGGUAUGCGGUAUCUCGGAUUUCACCCGGGGUACAGUUGAACUCGCCAUAUAUAGCCUGAACCAUCCUAUAUGGCAAAGGCUAGCGUACGGCAGUCGUAAGUUGUAUGCCUAUGUUCACACUUGGUUUUUACACUUCAAUAUAUUUCGUCGAAUAAGAACCAUCGGUGAUUUUUUUUUAGAUUAAAUGAAUCUUGUGACUUGGGUUACAGAAUUAGGGACUGGGGUUCACCCAUUAGAGGUUAAGGUAUAGUAUCAUGUUCAAAAUUUCGGUUAAUUCGUUCUCUAAAUAGUAAAACUCGACGGGCGUACAAUGUACGACUGACGUACGCUAGCCUGAACCAUCCUAUAUGGCAAAGGCUAGCGUACGGCAGUCGUAAGUUGUAUGCCUAUGUUCACACUUGGUUUUUACACUUCAAUAUAUUUCGUCGAAUAAGAACCAUCGGUGAUUUUUUUUUAGAUUAAAUGAAUCUUGUGACUUGGGUUACAGAAUUAGGGACUGGGGUUCACCCAUUAGAGGUUAAGGUAUAGUAUCAUGUUCAAAAUUUCGGUUAAUUCGUUCUCUAAAUAGUAAAACUCGACGGGCGUACAAUGUACGACUGACGUACGCUAGCCUGAACCAUCCUAUAUGGCAAAGGCUAGCGUACGGCAGUCGUAAGUUGUAUGCCUAUGUUCACACUUGGUUUUUACACUUCAAUAUAUUUCGUCGAAUAAGAACCAUCGGUGAUUUUUUUUUAGAUUAAAUGAAUCUUGUGACUUGGGUUACAGAAUUAGGGACUGGGGUUCACCCAUUAGAGGUUAAGGUAUAGUAUCAUGUUCAAAAUUUCGGUUAAUUCGUUCUCUAAAUAGUAAAACUCGACGGGCGUACAAUGUACGACUGACGUACGCUAGCCUGAACCAUAUAUAUGUGAGUUCCGAGAAUGUUACAUUUGAUACCCUUUCAUGUAUUGGCGGGGGUAAGUGCCACAUUUGGUCACUGAGAUUACUAAAUCGUGUCAUGUUUAAUCGCUAGAAAAAUUUAAUAUCAAUUUUGGUCACUCGAAUUACUGAAAAUGUGACAUGUUUCAGCAAUUCGAGUGACUAAAUGUGACAUGUUUCAAUAAUUCGAGUGAUCGGAGUUGGACAGAGACUACAGGAGAGUGACCAAAUGUGAUCUGUUUUAGUAAUUCGAGUGACCAAAAUUAAUAUUAAAUUUUUUUAGUGACUAAAUAUGAUACGAUUUAGGGGUCGUUUGGACGUGGAAAUGCAAUGCAGUAAUUGGACCCAAAUACCACAUAACGCAGUAAUUGGGUUUAAAACCCACGUUUGGGAGAGCAAAAAGGGUAUGGGAAUUGGACCAUGGAAAUUGGCUUCAAUUACCACAUUCAUGGUAAUUGAGAAUACUACACCUCCCCCUAGUAAUUUGACAUUACCACGUUUUCUUACUUCUUUUUCCAAAUCCCACACCAUCAAUUCCCACAAAACUAAACCCUAUCCAAACGUGAAAUUUUUUUCAAUUUCCACAAGUCAAUUCCUUGGUUUUGUAAAACAUGGAAAUUCAGACAAAUUCCAACGUUUUCAAAUUUCCACAUCCAAACGACCCCUUAGUAAUCUCAGUAACCAAAUGUGGCAUUUAUCCUGUAUUGGCGUCACAAAUUCUUCACCUCCUGAAUAGUAAGGGCACUGCUCAGCUCUCCCUUUUCAGCGGCCGAAACAUUUGUGGAGAAGAAGACUCUCAGCUUCUGUAUGUUGACUUGCUGACCGGAAGCUGCCGUGAAUUCUUCCAUGUACUGCGUUAUAACCUGUACAUGGUCCUAAAUAAUAUCAAGUCGGCGGCGAAGAACAGGUGGGACAACGUGGGCCCUUGACUAGACAGCUUGAUCGGUUUCCAUGCUCCUCCAUCCAUUCCAGCUGAGAUCAUAUGUCCCAAUCUCUUCUUAAUUACACAUACUAAUCAUUAUCAUACAUGUAAUUCACAUACUGAUAAUACUACAAAAAUAUUUUCUAAACUAAUUAUAUGUAAAGCACAAUUAUAAAAAUAAACUUUGCACAGUUAACAUACUACAAAUAAUAAUGCAAAAAAUUUCACUUACAAAAAACCUCGCAGAAACAAAAUCGAACUGGGUCGGAACGGGAUAGAUACCUAACCAAACAGAGAAUGGUCGAGUCAAAUAUACAAACUAACUAGGUAAGGAUGGGUCGCUUACCCGACUAAGAUGGGGUUCAAAUGAAUUGUCUACCCGUUGUCGGAUGAUCAUUGACGGCUUAAAAAUCCGUCAAUGUGAGGGUUGGGAUAGGUCGAAAACUCAUCACAUUCUCGCUGGUGAUGGAUUUUCAACCCGUCCCACUAUCAUUUUCUUUUUACAAAAGAUUAUCUUCAUUGAUCGAAACAAAAGAUAGUUACAUUCUGGAGAGCAGUCAGGCCUGAAAAUCAAAGAAACGACUUGCAGUUGGGUAUAAAGAGAAGGCCUUACGAGUCACCAAGUAGGCUACCCUAUUACUACGCCGACCUACAAAUCGAACACUAAACCCUGAGCGAACCACCAAGUGAUGAAUAAUUUCAGCAAGAAUAGCACCAACCCGUCCCACUAUCAUAACCCUAAACAAAAACAAGUUUUUCCUGGCUGGACAACGACGUGUUCCUUCCUUCUCCUGAUCAGCUACAACAGAGAACAAGGGCAACGAAGGUGGUUUGAGGCAGACGUCCUUCUUCUUUUUCCUCGAUGGGUCGUCGUCGUUCUUCUACCUCCUCCUCAUGGACGGUGUUCUUUUUCUUCUUUCUCCAGAUGCGAUGACAAAGAGGCAGGGAACUCGAGCAUUGGAUUUCUUCUCUUCCUUCCUCCUACAUUGGCAACGGCGAGCAACAACAUAUAAGGGGAGGGAACUCGAUGACGACAACAACCAAGAGGGGAGGGAAGGCGCAACAGAGAGGCGAGAGAUGGUUUUGAUUUGGGUGUUCAAUAGAGAGGGAGGCAGCGGGUGCCGAGUAUAAAGGCGAGCAUUUUUUAGGUUUAUAUUAAAUUCGGGUUAUGGGAAAAUUGUAAAUUUGGUAUUGUUUAGGGCAAAAAGGUAAAAAAAAAAUUAGUGUAUUAAAUAGGAAUUGUUAAAGAAAUAGGGUAGGAUAGAUUGCUUGGUUGGAGUUUCAAUUUAAAAUUGAAAAUGAACAAGUACAUAAAUUACAUGUAAAAUUGGCUUUUUCUAAUUGUAAAUUUGGGUUGAGAAUUGAGAAUUAGCCGCAUUGAUAUUCACUAGGGGUGAUAAACGGUUAUGCCCCUA